CUUCAAAUCUCCAGGUUAGUUAUUAUUAUUAUGGAUUAUUGACGAAUUACAUCAUCAACUACGUUCCUGACAUCGUGAAUCCAUUUUUUAGGUGUCUACCUUAAAAUUGCUUAGAAAAUUCAGUUACUUACGUUAGGUCAGGAGGUAGCUUAUCCAAGCAAAAAGAGCUUCAACUGCCUAAUACCUAGUAUUGUACAGUUUCCAUACGUGAAGCGCACACAGCUUGAUUUCUACCUAGCCUCCUUCGUCAUCGAUGUUAGCUAUCCCGGUGCACUUACUCUUAUGCUAUUACCAACUAAACGACAAUUUCCAUUAUGCUGGAUUCCUUCAUAACUAAACGAUGCCCAAAACCAGCGCGCGUCUGCGCAGUUCUCGUCGCGUCCCUUCGCUGAAAGACAGCGAGAUCGAUCAUGAAAUUAGUCUAGUCGACCACUCUGCAUCUAUCGAAGAACUUCCAUCUCCUACCCCCGGAACGGGCGACGAUAGCAAUAAUGAUAGUAAUAAUAACAUCGACUCGUCCGUUUCAACCCAACCUCCCGAUAUAGAUGUUCAGCCGAAACAUGGUGCCCCCUCCGCCGAAGCGGGUCACUCUGGCGGUUGUGAUGCAUCUCAAGCUUCUGCGAAAGACGCCGACAGCUCGAUGACGGGGAAAGAGCCUACCUCGAAAGAUAUUGGCCUUGAUAAGACUAUAACAAAAACUAAACCCCGUCCGCGUCCGUCUAAAGAGGCCGAGACGGCCAUUGAUAUAUUGUACGAGAACCAGCGCGGGGGAUUCCUCUGCGGCAUCCCCCUGUUUUCUUCCGCGGCCUUGGGCAACUUGGAUCCUCCGCCCUGGACUAACUUUGCUCACAAGCCGAGUCCGACGGACAUAAAUACCGCCCAAGUGCCGGAUCCGAGCUGGGAAUGGGCCUGGCCCGAGUGGCGCAUAAAUAAGGACGAGACUAUAGACACCGACAGUGACGGCUGGGAGUAUUCGUUUAUGUUUUCUAAGAAAUUCUCGUGGCAUGGCCCUAAGUGGUACAGUUCAUUCGUGCGGAGGAGAACAUGGAUCAGAAUGCGGAUAAAAAAGGGUCACGGAUACCAGAUGAACGACCCGUACAUGAGUCAUGAAUACUUCUCCGUAGUGUCUACGAGGACCGAGUCGGGACGGACGAGCACCAAUCAGCUGGGAGCUCGCAUUUCUCAAGAAACGUCGCGAAAGUCUAGAGAUACUAGGCGGGAUGAGGAUGAAGGAUUAGUUAUGGUGGACAUAACGACGGUUGAAGAACUGAUGGCGGUUCUGCGGAAGUCUCGCAUUGAUCGGGAGAGGCUCGAGGCCAUAGAAAACUACAUUGAGCACUGCGCAGAUGAUAUGCAGCAAUUACAGGACUACAUGCACAAGAUCAUGUCUUUGUUCGUGUUCCAGACAACCCGGAAGCUCCUUUUAGCACGGCUUAUACAGCUCCACGACAGCCACGUCGAUAAGAAGCAGAAAGGGAAAUCUCUCGCUACGCGACAAAAGGACGAAAACCUGACCGCGGCUAUCAAGCACGCUGACGAGGAGGUCCGAAGGCUGGAAUAUUGGAGCGACAUUAAAGGGAUGACAGAGAGCGGAGAAUCUCGGGCCUGGAUAAGAGCGGUCCAAGGGGUGUGAAGAAAGACGGCGAGCUUCCAUAAUAGGCUCCUUUUUGCUUUAUCGUGAACAUGCCACAGCGUUAUGCAUGGGGGGCUUCAGGUGCAAACGGGUUUUUAUUAUUAUUUUCAUUUUGAGAUACCAUCCAACAAGGCGUUAUCGGUUAGGGAGGAAAUAUAUGUGUUAGAGGUACCUAACGUAGGUAGCUACAUACAUAUGUCGUCGUCGUACUACAUAAUAUAUCGAAGUCAGCUCCGGCCGUUUAUGCCACGGGCGGUUUCCCCACGGGUGUUUAUCAUAUUUUCACAGCUUACCUUUUAAUUUAAAAGUUAAUCGCUCGUCUGACAGCUUGUGGCGUAUGACUUAUCUUCUUGGCUGCC